ACCCAGUGCUUCCUGGUAGGGCUUCGCAGCUCGUGGGGGAGGGACUGGGCGCACGCAGAUAAGUGUCUGCGAGACUUCUGUUCCUCAGCCCCUUGCACUGCGGAACCCAGCACGCUGUAGCUGCCGUCAUGCUCCCCUAAAUAACAAGGCCCCUCCGUCCAGGGCAGCUUCAUCUCCUCCACCCACUUGAAGCCAUGAGUCCCACCGUGCCUCCGGCAAUCAGUCCUGUGACUGAGUGCGUCUAAAAGAAAUGUAAGAGGUUAUGGCUGUCAUCUUGAAGAAAUUCACAUCAACACUUUAAGGUUGGUACUGAAAAGUGCCUUUCCUGACGUCCCUGCUGCUUGGAACCGCUUCUAGGGCAGACUGUGCUUUUGCCUUGCUUGCUGCCAAUUAAACAGAGACAACAGCACCUCAGCCCUCAGUCUCCAGUGCACUCGCCUCCCCUUCCCUCCCACCUCUCCCCACCCUGUUCCCACCUAGACCCAAAAGAGGGGAAAAAACAGUUUGCAGUGCAUCAGCCUGGCAUUGCCCUCUGCUGCUCUACUGUAACAAUAUAUAUCUAAAUAUAUAUAUAAGAACAGAAAACUUUCGCUGCAGAAUAAAACUAACUUCUGGCUGAAAAUCAAGGUUCUUUCAGUUGCCACUGCACACUGGCGAUUUUACAAUUCAAAUAACUUUACUGAAAGUUCAGUGCAAGCGAAGCGAUCACCAGCUUUACAGACGCGCUCCAAAUUGGCACUUCGGAUGGUUGACUGAGGACCCACAGCUAACCUGCGCCAGACCUGACAGAUUGGCAUCCAGCACCUUGCUGUUAAUAGCACUGUUAUUUGUUUUUAAAAAAAAGCCUUUUGAAACGACAAUCUUAAUGACAUGAGUUUUUUCUGAGAAGGAAAUCCUCUAUUUCUAUCAAAAGCCUUCUGUAAACUUUUUUUUAAAAAAAGUUUUUUUUAAAAAAAACUGCACGCACUCAUAGAGAACGGGAGACUUUGAAAGUAUUUUUAAAAAGGGUUUUGUUUUUAAUCGACGUUGACGCACCACCGCAGUCUGCCUGUUUUAUCUGCACCCUUCGGGAAUCCCGCCCUACCUGUAACUCUCAAACAUGGCUGUUAACGUGACACAGAUCCGAGACACGAAAUGGCUGACGCUGGAAGUGUGCAGAGAAUUUCAAAGAGGGACAUGCUCACGACCAGACACUGAAUGUAAAUUUGCACAUCCAUCCAAAAGCUGCCAAGUUGAGAAUGGAAGAGUCAUUGCCUGCUUUGAUUCACUGAAAGGCCGUUGCUCCAGAGAGAACUGCAAGUAUCUCCAUCCUCCUCCUCACUUGAAAACACAGCUUGAGAUAAAUGGACGGAAUAACCUGAUACAGCAGAAAAACAUGGCCAUGCUAGCCCAACAGAUGCAGCUAGCCAAUGCCAUGAUGCCUGGCACUCCACUGCAGCCCGUGGUGAGCAUGGCGGAUGUUGGACAGCGUGGGUGGUGGUUUAACGAGCCAAUGUUUUCUGUCACGCCAGGUCUGGCAGCUAAUCCAACCGCAGCCUUCAAUCCGUACUUGGGUCCUGUGUCCCCAAGCUUGGUCCAAACUGAAAUCCUACCUAGUGCACCAAUGCUAGUCACAGGGAACCAUGCCAUGCAAGUGCCCACCGCUACUGCACAGAAGUUAAUGCGAACAGAUCGCUUGGAGGUCUGCAGGGAGUUCCAGCGCGGAAACUGCACCCGAGGUGAGAACGAUUGUCGCUUUGCCCACCCGGCCGACAUCGCGAUGGUGGACACCAACGACAACACGGUGACCGUCUGCAUGGAUUACAUCAAGGGCCGGUGCUCCCGGGAAAAGUGCAAGUACUUUCACCCCCCCGCCCACCUGCAGGCCAAGAUCAAGGCAGCCCAGCACCAAGUCAACCAAGCCGCUGCCGCCCAGGCUGCUGCCACUGCUGCCGCCAUGACUCAGUCGGCUGUCAAAUCACUGAAGCGACCCCUCGAGGCAACCUUUGACCUGGGGCUACCUCCAGGCAUACUCCCUCCGCUACCAAAGAGACCUGCUCUAGAAAAAGCCAAUGGUGCCACCACAGUCUUUAACGCUGGUGUUUUCCAAUAUCAACAAGCCCUAGCAAGCAUGCAGCUGCAGCAACAAACAGCCUUCAUCCCUCCAGGCUCAAUAUUGUGCAUGACACCAGCUACAAGUGUUGAAGCGCUUCACUGGCUUGAAGCAAGUUGCUGGUUAGGACAAAAGCGGGAGUUGAAUUUGACAGUACCCAUGAUGCACGGAGCCACACCUGCCACUGUGUCCGCAGCAGCCACAUCAACCAGUGUGCCCUUCGCCGCCUCCGCCACAGCCAACCAGAUGCCCAUAAUAUCUUUAGAUCAUCUGACUAGCCACAAGUAUGUUACUCAAAUGUAGGACGUUCCUUGAUGAAAGAAUCAGCAUGAAGAGAUGGCAGUACGCUGGAGCUCCUUCCAGGGCAAGAGUGAGCAGCCAUUCUGUAAAUACCACCAUCCGAUUCCCAAUCCCACAACAGUGAAACCUUCUACAUUUUGCAUGCUUACGAAAUGGGAGAAUGGUUCAUCAGGAACAAAAUGUCCAAUUGGAAAAAUCCAAAUGCCGCAAACUGAGACUUCCACCCAGCCUUGAGUGUUUCACCAGCAGCAGAGCUGGGAGAAGGUCUCAAUCAACAUCCAGCGUCAUUCGCCUUUUCUCGUACUGAAUUAUGCAUCAAAUCCGAGAUAUGCAUAACGUAGCCUAUUUCUUACAUACAGUAUGUCUUGUCUCUUGGAUGGAAAGGUAAACAACGAUGUACACUUUAAUAUAUAGUAUGUAUAGGUACCUCCUAGACCAAGCCCAUCAUUUUCGAUGUUAGGAAUUAAAUGUUUUAUUUCAAGUUUACAAAAUGGAAAACUGAAAAAAAAAACAAAAAAAAAAAACGGUGCACCUUGUAUUUAAAAAAUACUAUUUUGCCAUUAGUGUCAACUUGAUUGUGCAUGCACAGUGUUCUGUGUUAAGGGUUAUAUUCUAAUAAGAUUGUGAGAAGGAUUUAAAGAGGCAAUGGACAGAGAUGAAUGUGCUGAGCAAACAACCCGCAACGGUGUCUGACCUUUGUUUUAAAGCACACCAUAGCUUUAAAUGACGUGUUGUAAGGGGUACACAUUAAGUGCCAUAGACUGUGCAUUUAACUCACAGAGUAUUAUUACUGCAGUGUUAACACAUUUACCGAAUAGCCACAUUUUGCUCCUGCUAAUGCUCCGUCAUUAACCUUUUCCAUGCCAAAGUUCUCUCUGAAAAUGGCACCUUUGCUUCCCAAUAACAGAAAUGAAACUUUGGGAGCCUUGAGGAUGAACUUGUUUGUUGUUCUGCUCUAUACAAUCGUUAUCUGUUAAUGCCCAGCGAGGGAUAUUAAUCAUAUUUAAGACGUGCCAUCUUGACUUUGCCAGCGUUGGCAAGUGUUAGUAACAGACCCCUUCACCAAAUGCUUCAGAGGAAUCAUGCUGUGGCAUGGGGGGGAUUGUUAGCUACAAACUAAGAGUCAAACCACUUCAGCCCCGAAGGUGCCAUUUUGCAGAGACCUAAGAUUCAACCAUUUGUGCAGUUUAAUUUGCUCCGAUUUGUUCCUCUGUCACAAGUCGAUUCGACUAUAAACGUUUCUGCGGCGGUGGAUCCUGCCUUUGUUCGAUCAAAGUCACACACCUAUAUUCUCUCCCACGCGCGCACGCACACGCACGUAAAAAAAAACCAAAUGCACCCACGCGAGAGUGACUCUAAAUUAGAAAAUCGCAAAGGAGGAAAGAAGCACUGUUAUAAGGAUGCAUGAUAAACCAAAACAGGAAUUAAAUGAAGAUGUUUAUUAAAAUUAGCAACGGGGUGGGAUAUGUUUUUGGGUGGAUUUUAUAUGUGAUUUUUUUCAGAGUAACUGCAUUUAAGCCUUAUAUAAAAAAAACACACAGGUAAAAUUAUACUGUGUAUUUUAAUGGUUCAUCCAAAAGAAAUCUCUUUUUCCUCCCCCCCCCCUCCCCCCACCCCCCUUUCAGAUCUUUUGCAGCUUGUUAAGGUGAUAGCUUCGCUCUGCUCCGCUCAGCCUGUUCUAUGCUGUAGCGGGGCCAGGUGUGUUAGUGAGACAGAAACCGGAGAAGUGAAAGUUCAAUUCCUGAAUUUUCCAUACUUCCGAGCUGAACGCAGGGUUAUAAGUAGAUAAAGUCAGGAGAUGCGCUUGAUAGUUUAAGAUGGUCGCAUUGAUUUUUAUUGAUUGUACUAUACAUCUAUUAAAGCCUUAGAUUAUAUUACGGGUUGGAACCCAUUUUAAAUGUUAUUUCAAUCCUGUUUAAGGACAUCUAGGUGUAGACUCUAUUGUUAAUGUAGCCCUUUUAUCCUCCUUUCCUUCUUUCAAUUUGUAGUUUCUUACAUAUAUAAAAAAAAUAGAUUUUGUUUUCAUUUUUUUUCUAUUAUGUUUCAAUGUUGGAUACAGUUUUAAUAUUUUUUUUAGUUGAUAGAAUAUUUUUGUUUAUUAGGAUUUAACAGAUUAAAAAGUGUCUAAAGUUUUAUAGCUUUUUUUCUCCUCCAUAAUUUACUCAUAGUGUUGAAUUUACAUGUAAGUGUCAUUUAAUUCUUAAACAGCUAAAGAAUGAUUUAUAUUUUACCGACUUACACUUAAAUGUAAGCAUGUCCGUCAUUGUUUCCCUCCUGUAGGUUGCAUUUAGAGAACAAAUGAUAUUUUGUACGGAUAACUUACAAUGAUGCACUCAUUGGGAAGUUAAGUUGUUGCUAUGGCAACAAUCCUGGCAGACAAUAACGUAAUAUUUUAAUGAUUUAUUUUCUUUGUAAUUAAGUCAAGAUGGAAAUCUCUAGGUUCCUAGAAAUUAGAAUUGAAGUUAUUUUCUACUGUAAUCAUUCAGGUUGUAAGAUAUUGUUUCAGUAUUUUUUAAAAUCCCUAAUCUGGUUCGUCAGACGUUUCUUGAGACAGAAGCUGCAUAAUCGAUAGAUUGAGGGAUUUUUCUUUUUUUAAAAAAAAUGUCAUGAAUUCAAAUAUUAAUCGAAAGCUUACUUUUUAAGGAAAAAAAGUCAAGAAUGAAUCUGAUUGUGUGCAAAAAAAACUCUUCAGAGGUUGAUUAUGCAGCAAUUAGAGAAAGCGAGGGAUGGGAAGCCUGGAAGGUGGUUGACUCUUUGCACUUCUGUACAUAGUCAAACAAAGAAAACCUGUAAAAUAGUAAGAUCUUAUUUUGAAUAAAAAAAAUGUCUAUAAUAACGAGGAAUUUUGUUAAGGUAAUUAAAAACGACAGGCUGAACAAAAAAAACUUUAAAAAACUUGCAAAAAAAAAAGAGGGCAGCGAGAGUGACACUCUGAACCGCCCCCGAAAAAGGCAAAAUAAUGCUUUGCUUCAUGUGGCAGUUUGUAGUUUGCCAGGAUUAUUUUCAGCUAAGAGUGAUAAGAUAUCCUUUCAAGAUCUCACGACUGAUAACUAACUCCCCACAGGGUUUGAAACAAAGCUCCAAAUCAUUUUACAGAACAGGUUCAUCAGCUGUUAACAGGUUAAUGUUCACUAGCAAAAUAUCUCCACGUCACUUAAGAGAGAUAUAUAUAUAUAACAAAUAUAUAUAUUUAAGAAAGUGAAAGACAUCUUCACAUCAAUGAAUAUAUAUACAAUAUACAAAAUAUAUAUGUAUAAAAAAAGAGAGAAAUUUAUCUAAAAAAAAUUAUCUACUGCAUGUCUAGAGGUUUUCAAACAACAGCAAGGAAAGGAAGGUAAAAUUAGACGUCUUAUAUACUGAUCAAUCGGUUCUGUAAACUGAAUUUGGUCAUUCGCUUAUCCAGGGAAAGCGAGGAAUGGUUCGUACAACUGAAACAAAACAAAAUGACUCGUCACUUUCAUUUCAACUUUGGAAGAAAUGUCUGUUUUAAUUUUUUUUGAUAAAUAAACCAAAAACACACACACACACAGAGUCAGGCACAAAAAUAAUAAUAAAGCCUCACUGAGCUCAAUGCUCUUGCAGUUGCUGGUCCUUUUCGCAGUUGAGAGUCGAUUUUUAGAUAAUGAAAAUACCCCCUCCCUCCCCGACCCACCUUCCCCCCUAGCCAAAAAGCUCUUAAACAACAACAACUUGCAUUUAUAUAGUGCCCUCGAUGGCAUCUCGGAGCGCUUAAAACAAACGCACUUAAAAAAGUCAAAUGCAUAUUUUUCCUCCUUCCCUCCCCCACCAAACCAGAGAGAAGACAAGUUUCAUUUUAUGAAGAAAUAAAUAUUUUUAA